AUGAGUUUUCAAACUCAAAAAUGUAAAGGCAAAGAAAAUGAAGCACCUAAUAGAAAUUCCUUAGAUCGUGAACAGACUGCUGAAGAGUGUAGUACUCACUUGGCCAAAGCUCGUGAACAUAUGAGAAAUAAAAGACGACGUGUCUUAGAACCUAUCAACCAAGAAAACGUCAAUACUGUUACAGAAGCAGAA